UUGGCCUCACAUAGCCAACUUAUCCGUACAUAGCAUAACUUACAGCUGAGUUAGUUAAGAUUGAUUACGAACUCGCCUACACAUCCUAUUCGUUGUGCGUAUUAGAGGACAAGAAAAAAAUUGAUGUAUGUACCUACCAAUAAGUUGGUUUUUUAUACCUAUAUGAAGCCAGUUUGGUUCUAAUCACGAAAAAAAUGGAAAAUUAUUAUUGGUUUCAGUCUGCACAACCAAUAACAAGAAAAAGUAAUAUUCUGAUCGGUUUUACGCAACCCAUUAUACUUGGUUGUGUUUAAUAAAUAGAAAUAUAUAAUCAUUAAUAACUACUUAAGUAAUUAAUUACGUUUAUUUUUAAGUUUUGCUUUAUAAAAGGUGAAUAAACACCGUUUUUAUUUCCGUCUGGUGAAUGAUUCUUGUUUUUAAUAACAAAUAUUGUAAACUACACAACAACACGUAUUUAGUGAUAAGAAUUCCAACUGCAUUUAAAAUAGAUACGCAAUAUCAAUAUAAAAACAACUAUGUUUUGAAUUCUGUUUAGUCGAGAUACUGCAUCAAUUGAUUUACAAUGGAAAUACGUCACGUUGAGCAAUUAUUAGAAUCAUAUUUACAAAAAGAUGAAAGAUUGGUGAAUUUUACUCAAGAUAAAUUACUAUCGGCCGGAGAAAAUUACGGUAGUACAAUGUUAAAAGUUAACUUGCUGAUCGAAGAUAAGAAUGGAAAACAAAAAAUAAUAAAGUGUGUUGCAAAAUUGGUUCCACCAAAAGGAGUUUUAUGGGAUAUGUUUCAGACGUUGUCAACGUUCAAGAAAGAAAUCUCCGUUUAUAAAACAAUUGUACCAUUGUUGAAUCAAUUUGGAAAAGAACACAAUAUAAAAUGUAUCUUACCAUUUUUCGCUGAACAUUACAAUUCAAGGGUUACAUUAAAUCCCAACAGUAACGACGUAGAUGACGACGCAAUAAUAUUAAUGGAGAAUUUACAAGAAAAAGGAUAUAAACUUGAAAAUAGAUUUGUGGGUUUCGAUAAAAACGCUGUAAUAAUGAUAAUUAAAAGUUUAGCAACACUUCAUGCAACGACCAUAGCAUAUAAACGUGCUAAACCGGAAGAGUUCCAAAACAAAGUAUUGGCCCACAUUGGAAAAUGUUUUGUAUCUAAAAUAAACGAACAAACCAAAAAGCUUCAACUCGAUUGUUUCAUGAAAUUUCUUGAGAAUUAUCCUAAAUUGCAUCAUUUAUCCGAAAGAAUGAUUAGCGGUUAUCGGCGGGGAAUCAAUAGUUUAUGCCAAAAUCGAACACCAAAUGAAUUAUUUGGUACUUUUAUACACGGCGAUCUUUGGACUAAUAACAUAUUAACAAAAACCAUUCAUGAAAACUUAACAUCAAUAAAAUUACUCGAUUUCCAAGUUGCGGAAUAUGGUAAUCCAGGAAGAGAUGUUAUUUUCUUCCUUUAUACAAGUGCCCAAAUGGAAUUAUUACAAUUCGUCGAUGAUUUCUUAUUAAUUUAUUAUAAUCACUUUAUUGAUAUAUUGAAAACAUUAAACUGCGAUUCAACACCGUUUACAUUCGAUGCAUUUUUGCAACAAGUUGGUGAUGCUGCCAAAGAAACUGAGUUUGGUCGAUGUUUGUUUUUUAUUCACCCGGUUUUUACCGAAAAAGGAAAAGCAGUUGAGUUAAAAGAUAUUAAGACUCGUGCAGAUAUCGUACCUUCACUUGAACAUAUUCAUCCAAAUGGACAAAUUAGAUUUUCUCUUAUAAUUGAAGACUUUGCAAAAAGAGGUUGGAUAUAAUAAAUAAUUCUAACUAAUAUUGUUUAAAUGAUUUAUUUAAAAUUAAUAAAUUCAAUAAUAAAAAUAAAA